CUUCAUUAGGCCUUUCUCAUUUCAUUCUCUCUCAUCCCAACUACUCUUCUCUUCCUAAAAAAAAAUAUAGUAAUGUGGUCCUCUCUCUCCAACUUGACUGGGUAUGGUCAGAGCUCAUCACCCAAACCUGGAGAGAUCCCUAAUGCUGGUGAGGGUGUCAAGUCGGCCGCUUCGCUUGUCAAGGAUGGCAACUACUUCACAGAGCUCACCACCAAAGAUCUUGAAUGGACUAUUGCUGCUACUGCCUCCACAGAAACCCAAACUUUUUACUGUAUCACCGAUGAGGGUCACUUUGGUCACAUUCAGCUGAUUCACUCUAAUUUGGGUAUUUGGGGCGCUCCAGCUUCCGUCCAGAUGACGGCCCGUUUCCGUGGCAAUGGCAUCAACAAGUUCUUCUCGACCAAUUUGACCAACUUUACACUUUCGGCUGACAGGCUCUCUGCUUCGACCAACCUGAUGUCCAUCACUAUGUCACCCGACCGCAAAAAGUUUACUGUCCAGGUCACAGACCCUCCUGAGCUCAUUGUCUCCCUCACUGUGGAGCGUACGACUAAAGGUUAUAAGGUUGGUGAGGGCAAGAGUUUCUUUGGUGAUGGUUACGUCUCACACAAGUUCUGGCCGGCUUGCAAGGUCACUGGAAUGAUGAUUGUGAACGGCAAUGCCCAAGAUAUGACAGGAGAAUGUACAUUUGUGCAUGCGAUUCAAGGAAUGCGUCCUCAUUUGGUGGCAUCCAAGUGGAGUUAUGUGGAUUUCUCUGGCAAGGACGCAGUUAAUGGUCACAAAGUCAAGCUGUCCUUGGUCCAGUUUACGACCCCUGAAUAUUAUGGAAGUGCUACAGUGACGCAAGGAUCGAUUGUGCUGGAUGGUCAGUUGGUCGGGGUCGCAGUUGAGAAUAAGACCGACUUUGUGAAGACAGAGCAUGAUGAAGAGACUGGAUACAACCCACCUACAGAGGUCAACUAUGAGUGGCAAGGGAAAACGAUUGAGGGCGGUAAGGCAUUCAAGGCUGUGUUGAAUGUCAAGCCCAAGGGUCUGUGCCAAAAGGUUGAUUUAUUGGCAGAAAUCCCUUGGGCCCUCCGCAAAAUUGUAUCAACGUUUGUGGCCAAGCCCAUCAUUUACCAGUGGUACGACGAAGCCACCGCAGUGAUCAAUAUUGGUGAUGAAGAAUAUAGAAUAUCGGGCAAUGUCUAUCAUGAGGCAACUUUUGUCAUGUAACAUUGUAACAUUAAUUAGCUAUACCUUUUAUAUCAUUCAUUGUUGCCAUGGUUUGGCAGUCACAUAUACUAAAUAUUUCCAAUCUU